AUGAAAGGCGUUUUUGAGCGGCGGGAACUUGCUCUGCGCUGGAACACGAGUGAGCGAGUGGAGGCGUGUGUAGUGGACAGAUGCAGUUUGAUCAUCAGCCUCAUUCAUAACCAGUUUGGGAGUGACCAAAGCCGAACACAUCCUUUAGAUAAAAUAAAUAUUUCAGAUUUCUAUGGACUGAUCAGUCCAGGCCUUACCUGCUACUUAAACUGCAUUCUUCAAGUGCUUUUCAUGACGGAAGAAUUUAGAGCCCGAAUUAAAAGAUGCAACGAUGAUGCAACAGCACUUGACAAACGUAUGAAGUGCUUAUUCACCGCUUUGGAGAAGAAUCAGGCCAGAACACAUGACAUUGCUCGUAUAUUGGGCAUUGCAGACGUUUAUGAGCAACGAGAUGCUGCAGAAUAUUUUGAAAAAAUGUUGUGUUUGAUGAAUCCACACGCAUCUAAGAUAUUCAAAGGGGGAUUGGAGCACACUACCACAUGUUGCACAUGUAAGAGCAGAAAUAAUGCGCUGGGCUUUUUCUGGAUCCUACCGUUGUCUAUCAAAGACCCAUAUGGAACCUACAUAGUGGAAAAGGGAUUUGAGGACUACUUUCGCAAAGAAAAAGUCAGUGGUGAGAACAAAAUAUACUGCGGCACCUGUGAUGAAAAGCAAGAUGCGAUUGUAAUGUGUGAGAUGACGCAGCCUCCAGAAAUACUGACGCUUCUGUUGAAGAGGUUUCACUACAACUCUUACCUCCAGGGCAACGUCAAGGUCGACUGUGAAGCUCAAGUGCCUCUCGUUUUACACAUAAAGGAUUGUACGUACGACCUGUAUGCUUUGGUGAAACACUAUGGCCAGCUAACCGGAGGACAUUACGUGGCAUUGAUUUACUCUUCUCAAACCAAAGAGUGGUAUAGUUUCAACGAUGAAACAGUUAGACUAGAGAGAAAAUACAUGUUAAAAAAAACAUAUUUGAGAUCUCGCUCAUCGUAUCUUCUCAUGUACAAGAAAAGAAGUAGAAAUCCUGAAAACCGUAAUACCAGAGAUGACGACGCGGAGGUCGAGGAGAAAUCAGACGAGGAGGCGGAGAAGGACCCACACACUGCACUGCAGACUCCCAAACACAGCACCAGGGAAAACAGGGAGCGCAGCAGACAGUCAGAGGUCGCCAUGGAGAUGAUAUGA